UUGCACUGAAAAUAUCGGAGGCAGCCAACAAUUUCUGGCAAGUCUACUUGCUAAUGCCACGACGUAGACAAGUUUCAGAAAAGUUUACUUCCGCAAAAUGGCUGCUGGCAAUUUUAUGCAGUUUUUCUCACGGGAUAAAACUUUUAAACCAAAGAAAAAGUUUGACCCUGGGACAUUGAAGUUCAAUCUACACAAGCAAGCCAAUGCUUCCCUAAACUCUGGUAUUGAUCUGAAGGAAGUGGUCAAGCUUCCGCCAGGAGAAGAUCAAAAUGACUGGGUAGCAGUACAUGUGGUAGAUUUUUUCAACAGAAUCAACUUGUUGUAUGGCACAAUAUGUGAAUACUGCACAGAUCAGACUUGUCCUACAAUGUCCGGAGGGCCAAGAUAUGAGUACCACUGGUGUGACGGUGUCCACUACAAGAAGCCCACAGCUCUUCCCGCACCUCAGUACAUCACCCUGCUGAUGGAGUGGGUAGAGUCACAGAUCAACGACGAAAAUAUCUUCCCUGUCAAAGUUGGUACACCUUUUCCCAGGAACUUCUUUCAAACAGUGAAGAAGAUGUUGACCCGGUUAUUCAGAGUUUUUGUACAUGUCUACAUUCAUCAUUUUGACAAACUGGUUGCUAUCGGUGCUGAAGCCCAUGUGAACACGUGCUACAAACAUUUCUACUACUUCGUCACAGAGUUCAGCCUUGUCGAUAAAAAAGAACUUGAACCUCUAAAAGAGAUGACGGAAAAGAUCUGCCACUGAUGUUCACUUGUUGCUGUUAAUGAUAUAUUCACUGUGACGUGUACAAACACUAACUUGGGUAGAGCACCACUCCUUGAAGCUAGACUAGAGGGUUGGAUGAAUGUGGAAUCAACUUCACUAUAUAUACUAUCAUUCUUCCAUUCACAAUAAAUUACUUAAUCUUAAUGAAAAAAUGUGUUGCAAGCAGGAUAUUGGUCAAAAGUUUAUAUUUUGGUGAAAAAUAAUUACUGACAAAUUGUUGUAGUAUCAUUUUCUUUGUGUGCAAAAUAAAACUUCUGACUUUAGGCACGCAGUCCCUUCAUGAAAAAAAAUUGACACAUUACUUAUACCUUGAAAUCUGUUGUGUUCUUGUAACCAAGAUCUAAUUAUUAAAAAAUAAUUGUAUAGAAUUUUUCUCAUUUUUGCUGUUGAAAUCAUUGAGAUUUUUACAUGUCUACUUGUAUGUCCAUUGUUUGAUUUUCAAGUUAAGACUGUUUAAGGGUCAGGUUCUUAGUAAGGAAAUACUAAUCAUUGUUUUGAAUAACAUCGACAAAUUGAUACAUAACAAUGUACACAACUAUUAACUACGUUUUCAUUAACACGGCACUGGUUGUCAUUCAAUCAUUUAAUUGACCAAGGAUUUGUAUUUCUUCAGUAAAUAAUAGAACCUGGUUGUAUAAUCCAGCAAUUCCUUAAGAUACAUCUGACAAACAAUCUCUUCCAAGUAACCAGGCGCAUCAAGGCUACAGUGUUCUCUUGUAAUCACUCAUUUAAAUGAUUAAUUACUGACUUAACUCUUUACUUAAAAAGAGUCUCGUUCGGGCCAAACAAUAGCUUUUUAAGGAUGACCCAAGUUUUUUUACCUGGGUCCUUGUACUUGUUCUUGUCAAGACUGUUGAUGGUCAUGCAUUUAGGGAAAUCAAAAUAACUUUUCAGCAUGACAAUAUUGUGUGUCACCAGCAACACUAAUGUCUGUAAGUUAAAGGUCAAGGUCACACUUUGGUAAAAAAUUACUUGGUUUGGGUCUUUCGCCAAAUAACAGACCAGCGCUUCCGUUUGCACUAAUGUGCUCAUGUUUCAACUUGAGGAAACAUAUAAACCUUUAAGAGUACCAUUGGUACUCUUAUCCAUAUCAUUGCAUUUCUUUGCAACAAUGUUGGAUCCUGGUUUUCGUUCCAUUGUGGCAUUUCAGUUUAAUUAUUCUAUCAUAAUUUUCCCAGUAAUAGAGUAGGUUAGGUAACUUUGUUGUUAAAUUAUAUUUAUUUACACAAUUAUUCUUGCCAAUAUAUUUGUUAGAAAUUAAUUUAAAACCUUAGUGAAGUUAUAUAAUUUUAAAUUUGCUCUGCCAACCUUUAUAAAAAUGAUAUUACAAUUAUUAUCCAUUGCUCGUAAAUAGAUUUUUACAAAAUUAAACAUGUGUUAAGUGAAAUAACUUUCUUCUUUUUAAUUAUCUCAUAAAGAUUAUAAGCUUUCAAAAUGGUUUAAACAUUUCUAUUCAGAAAUUUCUUGAACUGUAUUAUGUGAAAGAAUUUUUGGAAUUUCUUAAAUGCUCUGCCUGAAUUUAAAACAGCCAAUCACCGGAAGCUAUUUUACAACAAUUCAAUCUAACAUUUUUUUUUAUCCUCACAAAAUUAAGUUUUCAGGAGGUAUAUAGGCGUGAGCAUCUGGGCUGGUCAGUUGUUUUGUCAGUGUUGUCCAGACGAUAACUCAUGAAACAGUCAACAGAUUAAAAUUAAUUUGGUAACACUUACUCAUGUGUUAGAGGUAAGACAUAGGUCAAGUUGACUAGAGUAAAAACACUAUUUUUGAUUGAAGUUGUGACCUUUUUCCCCCUUAGAAUUUGCCAAAAUUUGGUAUUCAGACGAUAACCUAUGACAGGUUCUAUGGAUUUAAAUAAUUUAUGAAAUUGGUACAUGAGUUAAACACUUUAAAAUAAAAGUUUGAUUUUAGUUAAAAUCAACCCAUGUUUGAAGGAUUUAUAGCCCCUUUUCCUAGGUGAUGUGUGGGAGUAUUCAUCAUCCUUGAUGACCGUUCUAGUUUUGACAGUUCCGGACUUUGACAUGAUUUCAUGAAUUUUGAAAGAAAAACGAAUUAUCAUUAAUGAAAAAUAGCUUUUUGUUUUGCCAAAAGUGCCUAUGACUUUAAACUGCAUUACUGUUGAUAAAUUCUGUUUCCAACUGUAUUUUUAGUUGUAAUGUGUUGAAAUAUCAAUGUCAAAUACAUGUUACUUAGUCAUGGGAUUUAUUAGGUAUUUCUGGUGGGCAAAGCUUGUUAUGUUAUUAUUUUAUACAUUUAUGUACUUACAGGUAUUUCAUAUUUCUCUUUAAACAGUGGAUUUAGUAAAGGUUCGAAUUACCAGUAAACCUAGAUUUAUAUCUUAUAGCAUGUGUAUAAGUUUGCCAAGUACAUUUAAAUUGGAGAGAUGAAUAUUGAUAUUUAUGUUGAAAGUUCUAGGAUAAUUCACAAAAGGGUAAUUGUGUGUUGUAUUUUUGAUAAGGCAAAAUUUACUAUAUUAUGAAUUAUGUAUGGAAUAUUCAUAUCAUGAACAUUGAGAAAAUCCAUUCUUUGUGAACUAAUGUCUUGCCUUUUAGCCAAGUAUUAUUUUCUUUCAUUGAAACACAUCUUCGCAAAUGUAUCAUUGACUGAAAAUUACAUUACUGAUAAAUCCUAGAAAAUAUUUAAUUGCUAGUUUAGAGGUUUUGAAAAAAAAUAAAAUUCUAAAGAGCAAAAUACAACUUAAUUGUGUAUGUUUUUAUGUGCACAAAUGUAUGAAGAUAAAUAAGAGCAAAAUAAUAUUCCAUGUUUGAUGAUCAUAAUGUACAAGAACAGUUUGAAAAUCAUUUCUGCAAGAAUUUGACAUGUUUGUAGAAACCAAUCAAUGUAAUUUACUUUUAUAUCUUUGAUUUUUUUAUGGGAAUUGUUUCCCAAAUAUUUCUGUUUAAGGGAUUUAUAGCUUGCAGAAACCAUCUUGUUGACUAAAAUAAUAAUCAUUAAUGUAUAUAAUCAUUCAUGUGUAAUUGAAGAGUGCCAAUUGUAAAUACACUAUUUCUUUUCCCCAUUUCUGUUGCACUUAAUACCAGAUUUGAUUAAAUUUUGUUGAAUAGCAAUUCUUUGCAAUUUAAAAAAAAUACACAUGGCUGUUUUUUUACUGCCUGAAAUUAGUUUAGGAAUUUUUUUUUACGGACGUUAAAGUUCAUUUCAUUUUGUCUGUUAAUUCUUAUGGCAUAUUGGACCAAUUAUCAAGAACUUUGUGAACGUUAACCAUGUGAUUAACGACAUCGUUGUUUACUUUUAAACAUAAAGCAAUUGGUGAUGUGCUCAUAUGAUUAAAUUAAACAAGUACAGCUGUCUCAAAGCUAGUUACAAAUAUUGCAGAGUAUAAGUGUAUCCAUUAAACUUCCAGUGCAGCAACAAUUUGAAGGUUAACAAGGUAGUUAACUUUAACAAAGUUCUGAACAUUCGGCCCAUUGUUAAUGAUAUCUGUCAGGCAUCAAAUCUUAGAAUUAUUGUGUUGUUUAUAAGUGAUUUAUCAUCAGAUUUAUUGUUGAUGCAUGUGUUAUUUUCUUAAGUUCUUCUACCUGUCUUCUAUACUCGUACAAAUAAAAUAAUAACUCAAAUGUU